UUGUAAAGAGGGCCGUAACAGAGAUUCCGAACCAUAACUACAGCGAUACAUGAGAGAGAUGCCGCCUGUCACGCGCGUGUUCGUCUGUGUGAAUGUGAGUGUGACUGGCAGCAAUGUAAGAGAAGAUGUAUUGCGGGGUCUCAUUACAACGACAACGGCUGUGGGCCUUUUGGACCUGGCCGACAUCUACGGGGCGGACGUCAAGAACGUGGCUCAAUUGGUGACUACCCGGGGAGUUGGAGGACUACUGGGAUCCUUUAUUGGAGGUUUCUUGUACAACCGCUACAACACUCAACUCGUGACAAUCGGCAUGAUGCUGCUACAGGCGGUGAGCGUCGUGCUUCUUCCCAUUUGUGGGAGGCUGGCACUCGCCCAUGUUGCUGCUGCUGUGUCGGGAAUAGCCAUCGGAGCCUUCGACACAGGUGCCAACAUAUGGCUUAUCAAUUUGUGGCCGGCGAACUGCGGACCAUCGCUUCAAAUAUACCAUUUCAUGUUCGGUGUUGGUGCCUUCGUAGCUCCACUCAUGACGUAUCCAUUUCUCUCGCCAAAUUCCACAACGAACGAAUCCCUUGACGCCAACAUCCAAGUCAGCCCCUUAUUAGGUUCCGCAGAAAUCGUCCAAGACGUUUCACCCUCUGCAUCACUUACCUACGCAACCGAGCCGUCACGUAUCCAUUACGCAUUUGCCAUUGUAUCGGCAGUACAUGUCUUCAUAGCGAUACUCAUGGUAGUAAGUUACAUUGCGGACAGGUCAGACUGCAAACCUGUUCCCCUUGACAACGCCGAAAGUAAUCCAGGAAGCGGCAAGUUCGCUGCGAUUCUACUUUCUGUUUUGAGUGUCUUCAUCUUCACGGUCAUAGGGCUCGAAUGUUGUUACAGUCAGAUGUUGGCAACGUUCGCCGUCAGCAGUGCGCUUCAUUUCAGCAAGUCUUCCGCCUCGUACCUGACGUCCGUCUUCUUCCUGACGUUCAGCCUGGGCCGUGUCAUGUGUGCCUUCUGUGCGGCUGUGUCAUCACCUUUUAAGAUGUUGCUGUGCUCCCAAGUUUUACUGCUAGCUGCCCACGGCGUGCUCGUAUUUCUCGGGGAGUCUUCAGCGAUUACUGUGUGGUCGAUGACGGCAGUGACUGGACUAGCGCAAGCGGCACUCUACGGUACAGCCGUCGCGUGGUGUGUGCGUUAUGUGGUGCUCGGCUUCUUUAUGAUGUCAGCCCUUACGGUGGCGGCAUCUGCGGGUUCGAUGGCUGCCCCCGUCCUGGUCGGGUUAUUCAUCGAUGACAUCCCGAUGGUAGUGAUGUACGUUUGCUUCGGCGCUACUGUACUCAUGGGCUUGCUGUUGGUAAUCAUGUUCCUGUUGACCAGGAACAAAAGUGUACUCGCACCUGUGGAAGCGAAAAGCUCCGAGUGACGGACUUUGUUAGCGUGUUACGGUACAAGACGUCUGUAAUUGUAAAGUGGCUGUGAUGAUGAUGAUGGUGGUGGUGGUGAUGAUAAUUAUGGGGACAAGAACAAAACGGAACUGUGCAUCUCCCUGAUUGCUUACUUGCGGAACAAUAACAACAGAUAAAUUAAUCAUGAUGAAUAUGGAAACACGCCACAUGAGCUACGGCCCAUGUAUUUGCGCAGGACGUGCUCUCGUUUGCAAUUUCUUGAGUAGGAGAAUAUAAUAAAUUGUAUACGGUCAACCCUUGAUGCAUGAACGCACGGAAUUUCUUAAACUGUUCAUGAAUCGACGAAUUCAUAGGUUGAAGUUUUGAAUGAACGGAGGGAAUGGAGUUAUAAUGAGAGAACAGCUUUGUUGAACUUGGUCAAAGUCGAUUUUCUGUUUGAAAGCUCCUUGUCCACCCCAGUUUGAGUGAACGUUAAUACCUUGGGGGGCGUGACACUUCGUUACGAAGUUACACCGAUGUCAAUCUAGCAUUCCAAUUUUUACGGCAAAGGGAGUAAUGGAUGCGCAGAAGGUCGGCAUUGCGAAUAUCGAUACUCAUGCGGCUCUCCACCAGUGAGGCAGCGCGGGAGAAAUCACGUGUAUACAAAAACCGAUGGGAAUGGCCGUAGCUCUCGCUCAUCCAACGUCAUGCCUUGACGUGGGCUUGCGUUCAAGGACCUGUAUCCCGUCAGCUACGGCACGUAGAAAAAUAAUAUUUUUCACAAUAUCCUCACGUGCAGUGCAAUGCGUGCAUGAUCUCAUAAACUACAUAUACCAAAGACGAAAGCUCUAACGGACCGGCGAGGAAGGGUUAAAGCUGCGAUCCCAGUCCUCCGUUCGAACCAAUGGCAUUUUAGAACCCGGUCACGUUAGUAUGAGCAUUGCGUCGCCUUGAAGCCUUGGCUUGACGCCUUGGCUAGUCUAUGCCAGUUCUUGAAGACCGUGGCUAAUUACUAUCCUGUGGACAACGGAGAGUUCCCGAUUUUCAACAGAGAGCGUUCUUACCUUGCUAUAAAGCUGAGAGUAAGACGUUAUGCUCGAUUACAACUGCGGUUUAUAUCAGGAUUAGGCGAAAACAAAGAAAAACUACUUUGUCUGGAAAAUUGUUUGGUCCCAGGCCACACCCAGCCCACCAUCGCUCUGCCUUGAAAGCUCUCUUGCCCUUUCUGGAUACCAUAGGAUUUGGAUCCUUAUUGUGAAGGGGCUCAUUAUUUAAUUCCCCACAUCACCACCACCCAUGGGGUAGAGUAUCGCCUCUGGCGAUGAAACUCCCCAUUCAUCAUCUCACAAUAAAGUUGUUGUCCUUGUUUUUA